UUAGGGUUUGCUGUCGAAAGAGCCACAAACCCACAUAAAUACCCCAUCUCCACUCUUCGCCGAGUGCUGCGUACUGCUAUUCCAAAUCCAUAGACCAUUUUUCAGAACAUCAAAGAAGCGAAAAUGGAGCAGACUUUCAUCAUGAUCAAGCCUGAUGGUGUCCAACGUGGCCUGGUUGGUGAGAUUAUCGGAAGAUUUGAAAAGAAAGGAUUCUCUUUGAAAGGCUUGAAGUUCAUCACCGUGGAUCGUGCCUUUGCUGAAAAGCAUUACGCAGACUUGUCUGCUAAGCCUUUCUUUAGUGGGCUUGUUGAUUAUAUUAUCUCUGGCCCCGUUGUUGCAAUGGUCUGGGAAGGUAAGGGUGUAGUUACCACUGGCAGGAAGAUCAUUGGAGCAACAAACCCAUUGGAGUCUGCUCCUGGUACAAUCCGUGGUGAUUAUGCUAUUGACAUUGGCAGGAACGUUAUUCAUGGUAGUGAUGCAGUCGAGAGUGCAAGGAAGGAAAUUGCUCUCUGGUUCCCUGAAGGAGUUGCAGAGUGGCAGAGCAGCCUUCACUCUUGGAUCUAUGAGUAGAAAAGUCUUUAACUUUAGAACUCUACUAAUGGCCUGCCUGUUUGGGUGUAACUUAUGAAUUUUGGAUGUGAUUUGAGUCUAGAAGUUUGUUGUUUGAAGUUUUGUCAUUCCCUAUUUCAAGAAUAUUUAAUGUGAUCAGUAUUACUUUCGUGAUAUUGAGCUUUAUCAUUUGUUAGCU